AUGGGGGAUGGCAAAGUGAAAUUAGCUGAAGGGACGUGGGCACGUCAACUGAUUCCAGGCAAGGACAAUACCUGUAUCCCAAAACAACACAGGUAUUGUGUCGGUCCAACUGGAGGCGGGGACGGAACUGUGGGAGGAUUCUUAGGAAGUUGGAACAGGAUCCUGACGAGACAGUCAGGACCCGGAAGGUGGGAGAGGUUCGUUGGGGAGAAUAGCCCUUUAAGACGCGAAAUCAUGAGCUCCCAACACGAUAGUGAAUCAUGGAAGCAACUAUUGACGUGUGUGAUGUAUGAAGCCAUCAAUAUAAACCGAAUCCGCGUAAAAACAGAGAAGGAACCCAGGGACAUCUGGGAAAAGAACAAGUGGAGCCAUGCUCUAAGGGGGGGAGUAGGGGCAGAUUGGUCCAAAAGUGCCCUAGGACAAAAUAUGUUAAUAGCUUUAGCGUGUGUGAUAAGGGGUCUUAUGGGAUACGAAAUCAACACCAGCGAAGUCUCCGAACAAAUCCAAAAAGAUUGCCAAGAAAUCUGGGAGGAGGUGGCAUUAGAGCUCGAAGACGCUUCCUCCUCAGGAGAAGAUACAAAGAUGAAGGAUUUAGACGACUUCCUGCAGAAGCUGAGAGAAGUAAGAGGUCAAGAGAAGUCGAAGUAUGAUGGUCUGGGGUUUAUUUUGAGUAUAUAUUAUGGAUUGAGCAGAUGUUGUGAGUAUAAGAGGAAUUAUGACUUGACAGGUCUGAUAAAAAAGGGCGGGUGGAGCCUGAGGAGGAUUGGAGCCUGCACGUUAAGUGAUAACUUCUUUAGUUGCACAGGAGAUGCAAAGGGAAAGACCACAGCAGGUCUGAACCUCUGGACACUGGGGAGGAGGACUCUAGUCAAAGGAGGGAUGAGGGCGCCACCCAGCUCACUCAGAAUAACGGAAAGCCAGACGGGAGUGGACCUGGAAGUGUAUAAACCGACUAAGGCCCCAACUGUCUUUCAGGACCCCAAACUCCAAAGAUGGGCAGAUGAGAAGAGGACAGGCACAAGCCCUAACGAAGGCGUAGUGUACGCGCACGGUACUAGGCACACACUGACUAGAGAGGAUAUCAAGCAAGCGUCCCACGACCAGCCCAGCAGCCAGGAAAUUCAACCGACCCAAGAAUCCCCGAGGGUAGAGAAUAGAGCAGGAGACUCUGAAGCUACCAAGACGGUCAAUACGGAGGCGGACCAGUCUGAACCUGGGCGGUAUCCUCCUCGCGCCCCGUCGACCGAGAGAUCCUCCCACGUUUCUCCGCUGCAAACCCCAGGCCUGACCAAGACGAGUGAAAGGAUUGGACCCGGCCCCGCGGACACAACAGAAGUAAGCAUCAGAGAAAAUUCUGAAUCUGACCAGAGUAACGGACCCGAACAGGGAACAGCAGAUAUGCCCACAGCUCCUUACGGGACUAUCAUAGGAGGGGUAGUGGGAGCAGUUUUGGCUUUGGGGAGUUUGUAUGGUAUCUCAAGAGUGUUUUUAAGGGGGAGAGGAGGAACGAGUAGGAGAGUGAAGGUGACGGCUGGACUCACCAACGGCGUGAAGUAUAUGGCUUCCUGA